CGAUAAGAUAAUUAUAGGUGUAUAGACUCAAAAUGGGUGCUGUUAUUCUGAACAAAUAGAGAACCAAAUAUAGCAGCACCCUUUUAGAUUGAUUUGAGAGAGAAAGAGAAAGAGAAAUAGGUUUGGCUUGUAUUGAAAGAAGGAAAGAUUAUAAACAUCAUCAUCAUUUGAUUCAUCAUUUCAGCUUAAAAUGAAAGGAAGAUUGUUUUGUUUCAUUUUAGCUCUGCAGUUACUAAGUUCUGUCUCUGUGGCUAAAAGGGCUUUUCCUUCAACUGAUGCAAUGUCACAUCCAGGCCCAGGAGAGGCACCAGCACCACACCAAACCAUAGAGUCAAAAAAGUCGGAGAAAAUGAAAGAAGUGGUAUAUGAUGAUGAUAGAGAUAUUGGGAUAAGCAGCAACAAGAUAGGGUCAAGUCCACCAAGCUGUGAGCACAAGUGUUAUGGAUGCAAUCCAUGUGAAGCCAUUCAAGUUCCAAGUACUGAAAGCAGUAAGAGAAAUCAUUUGGGUCUUCAGUAUGCAAAUUAUGAGCCUGAAAGCUGGAAAUGCAAAUGUGGUCCUUCCUUCUACAGUCCAUGAUCAUUCUAUAUUCUAAUAUUAAUUAUUAAUUAUCCAUUAAUUCAAUGUAGUAUAUAGUUCAUCUGUUAGGUUCAUAUUAUAUAUAUUUUCUUCCCUUUGUACAAAUAUUAAAGUUCAAAGGAUUUCAUUAUUAUUAAUUAAUUUGUGGUUG